GCUUCACUUAUCUAAACCGCGUCUAUUGACUUCCGUCUAUUUUCCAUCGGCGUCGCAACAUUUCCCUUAAACCUAAACAGUCUUUUACUUUCACACAUGCUUCUUUCUUGGCGCCUAGUGCAAAUGCGCCACAUAAUCGGCAGCUUUUACCUAAUAAAACGUUGAAUUUGACGAUGCGCCGAUUCCCCUUGCACUUCUAAUCGGUAUUUCGUUCUGUAUCGACGAAACCCAUUUCCGCGACACAGUUUGAUAAACUUCAACUUCCCUUUAAAAUGGGAAGUUCUGAGGGCUCUGCGCCAGCCCGAGAGGCAGCGGGCUCCUCCGUCCUUAAGAAGGGGUUGGAACUGUAUGCGCAGGAGGACUACGAAGCUGCAGCGAAACUAUUCCAGAAGGCUAUAAGCUCUUGCAGCUGUCAAAUCCAUGGCGGGAUGCUAUUAGACUCCAACGAAGAUAUCUUGACGGGCAUUGAAAACAACCAAUUAAAGGAAGUCCUUUCAACCCUGACGCCCCGUUCCAAACGUUGUGAUAAGCAAGUUCAUAUUCGCGCCCUUGACUCGCUUAUCGCUACAUACGAGAUGUUGUUCAAGUUAGACAAGUGUCUUAACCUCGCCGUGGGUAUGGUUAACCUCGCCCCGAGGGAACCCAAGGUCUAUCUGCGUCUUGGUAAAAUACUUCGCCUGAAAAGCAAGCAAACCCUUGCGUACCACAUGUAUAGGCAAGGCAUUGAACUUGUGGAGAGAAAGAACCCUGAUCAUUCUUUGUUGCCUAAGUUGCGAGCUCAGAGAGAUAGGGUAGCUACUUUAGCCGCGUUUGAUCCUAUCACGAAGUUUCCUAUCGAGCUUGUUCGUAUGACAUUUGAGUUUCUUGACUUCAAGACCUUAUGUCGUUGUUUGAGAGUUUCUAAGGCUUGGAACAAUAUCUUGACCAAAUCAAACACUCUUAGAGACUUGUGGCAUGUCCAGACAUACAAGCUCACCCAACGAACUCAUCCUGGCAUUCGAAGAAUGCUACCUACCUUCAAAGCAUACAACAAAUACGGCAAGAAUGCUCUUAGAGAGUUGUCUAUCGAUGGCCUGUCCCACUUCUUGCAAUGGUGUAAGUUUUCACAAGUUAUGGAAAUCUCUCAGCAACUCAAGGUACUUAAACUCCGAGAGCCGCGAGGUUCUUUUGAAUUGGAAUCAUUGCCCCCAAAAUUACGGCUCCCACAGCUCAUUAACCUCUCCUUGGGUUACGGAGUACGGCCACGACCUCAAGUUUUAGAGCAACUGAUAACUGCAUGCGGGAGCUCGCUGGAAGAGCUCUCCGUCUUCGAACUUCCGCACUGUGCCAGAGUGGCAUCUGAUCAGGUGCCAUGGUAUCCUGGUUGGGUAAAACUUGAAAAGCUGAAAGUUGUUCGACUCGCAUAUCCGAAUUACGAAUUGCGUGUAGACCCUGUCCCCAACUUGCGUGGCAUCAUAGAGUUGGCUCCUAACGUGGAAGAGGCCUGGAUCGACAAUCUCACGUACUCGUCUAAGCUGCUAAUGGCCAAAUGGCCAAAACUGCAAAACAUAUUUAUUGGAAAUUGUGCUCGUUUGUGUACUGGCGUUGGUGAAGGUGACGUGGAAGGUGGUUACAACGAACAUAUGCGUGAGCUACAUUUCGAGGGCCGGUCUGUUCAGUCACGCUUCAUCCUUCCCCAGCUUCGUCGACUUGAGAGAUUGUCGAUACUACUACACACACCCCUCACUACCUCUGAAUUCGAAACAAUUGUUCGACCUAGCAUAGAAUCGGGUACUCUGCGAGAGCUUGACAUCCGACCAUUCCCCGUGCACAUGCUAUUCGGAAGCCUCUUCAAAAUUGUGAUUCCGGACUGGUUUAGAAGCGAAAGUCUCACAUACCUCAGCAUUACAGGACUAACCGUGGAAAAUCUUUGCCAGUACAAGCAGUGCGACGAGGGGCUACUCACGCUUGUCAGUCGCUUUCCUAAUCUGCGCAGUAUUGAUAUCUCUAAUGAGCAGUUUUCGGAUGCUUUACUCGCAAAGUUCAUCCAACGCGGGGUUAAGAUAAUAUACCAUCGAGCGAAGCAGUCGAAGGCGGACCUUCAGGAGUGGGCUGCUACUCAUUAUAAUGCUCAGGUUAUCAGUAGGCCGCCGCCUCACCUGCCGUCGAUGCACCCUGAUCGACAACGCUUCUUCAACGAUCAUUUACAAUUCUCAAACACCGAGCUACCGUAGUGUCCGAUUUUACGUUCGGUAGAAAUAUGGUUCAUUUUAGUUGAGGGUAUGAAAAGGGAAGUAUAGGGCAUGCGUGCGUGAUCUAUUCGGUAGAAUCGCGAACGAACACUUGCACAGGAGGGUCAUGUUUUUGACGGCGUCGACAUAGAGUAUGUCACGGAAUACCCACAGUAUUGGCAUGGGCUAGGAUAGCCUCUUUGCAUUAUUUCUGCUCUGUUUAAUAGCACGCUUCAGAUACCCGCUUCUUGCGAAGAGUUCAUCCAUGCAUGACCAGUUACGAUUUGCAGUUGUGCUCUUGCGCGUUAAUAUUAAUUGAAAAAAAAAAAUGAUAGGACGUUAAUCUCCUA